UCAACACUUGGUGGCGCUGAAGCGCUAAAUCCCACACUAGAUCGUUAGAAGAAGAAUGGUAGUCAAGAUGGACGCGGAGCUGUUGUUAUUUUUGGUGUCUGAGAACAAGGAAUUAUUUGAUAAAAACCACAGUGAGUACAAAAACACGAAGCGGAAAGAAGUUCUCUGGCAGGGAAUAGCAGACAAAAUGGGAGUCGACGUGGAAGAGGUGAAAGCUAAAUGGAAAAAUCUAAGAGACACAUACACCAGGAAAAAGCGUCUGGAGCAGGACGGGAGUCGGGCUGGAAGGGCAUCUAAGAAAAAGAAGCAAUGGAAAUAUAUGCGAGUGAUGGACUUUCUCGACCCCUCCACAGAACACAGAAGUGUUAUACUGGACAGUUUUCCCAGCAAAAUAGAGGAUGAUGAGCCAGAUGAAGACAGCGGGGCUGAACCAGCCAGCACCAGUUCAGGAACAUCAGUGACAAGUCCAGGAGCGAUCCGGUCUGACAUUACGAAGAGAAGGCGAUCAGAGACACUAGAGCUGUUGGAAGGAUACCUGGCAUCUAAAGAUGCAAAAGACAGAGAGAAAGAUGAACAGCAAGAUGAAGUCGAUUUAUUUCUUCGGAGCUUAGCACCUGCGUUAAGACGCUUACCUGCUUCAAAGCAGUCCUUGGUGAAGCUUCAGAUCCAAAAAAUCCUUCAUGACGCAGAGUUCGGACAGCCCAGCUUUUCUCAGAUAUCCUCAGUGUCACCAAGUAAUCAGUUGUUACUACAGUGUAGUGUUGUAAAACCCAGUUGAAAUGCUUUUUUUAUUGAAAAUAAAUGUAACUUUAAAAGAA